AGUUGUCAACUUGCGCCGUGGACCUGCUGGUUGAACUCUUCGAUCCUCUCUGGAGGGAAUACUAUCUCUGUAGCACAACAUGCCGAAAAGGAAGUCUCCUGAAGGGGCCCAUGCCAAGGAUGCCUCCAAGGUCACCAAGCAGAAGGUCACCAAGCAGGAGCCCACCAGGCGUUCAGAGAGGUUGUCAUCGAAACCAGCUCCUCCCAAACCUGUUGAGGUCAAGCCUAAGAAGGCUAUCACCAAGGACAUGAAGGAAAAGAAAGGUGGCGCUAAGGUGAAGGAGGAUGGCCCCUCCCAUAACGGACAGGCUACGACUGAGGAGACUGAGGCUGUGAAGGCGGAGUCGGUCAAGGAGAAGGAAUGAGGAAGUGGGGGGGUCUUUCUCUGACUCCUCCCAAACCAGUACCAUGGAAACGGAGGAUAUUUUUUUCCAGGAUUUUGUAAAAUGCUGAUUUUUGUUUGUCCUGUGAUACUAGCAAAGAUAACCAGCAGCAACCCACAUCCACACUCCUCCUUACAGUUGUGUGUGUCUCUCUCUCGCUCUCGCUCUCGCUCUCGCUCUCGCUCUCGCUCUCGCUCUCGCUCCUUUCCUAAAAGACAGAAUGAAGUGACAUGUUUUUAUAAAAUGGCCGCAAGUAUUCUUCCUCUGGCAGUGGGAGUCACCAUGGUCACCACCAGCCUCAUGGGGUCACCAUGGUGAUGCCUCUCAGUUCCUUUCUAAACAAUGUCAUGUCCUCUUGACCGCGGUGGCUCUUUUGUGAUGACAUCGCUGUAAAUUAAGUGGACCUUCCACCUCUGACAUCAGAGACCCAAGGGUCAGACUAGGCUCCUAUGACAUCACAAGUGACCUUAGACCCUGACCUGAGGUGUUGCCAUGGUGAAUAUUUGCAGCUUUUUAAACAGAUUUAGAAGUGUUCAGAAUCGCCAGCCAUUCUUGUGUUGUAAUUUGUGAGUCUGUGGUUGUCUGUCAGAGCAGACUGUUCUAGAACUCUGGCUUCCAGAACCUCUGGGUUCCACCCUGGUUGUCUGUCAGGGCAGACUGUUCUAGAACUCUGGCUUCCAGAACCUCUGGGUUCCACCCUGGUUGUCUGUCAGAGCAGACUGUUCUAGAACUCUGGCUUCCAGAACCUCUGGGUUCCACCCUGGUUGUCUGUCAGAGCAGACUGUUCUAGAACUCUGGCUUCCAGAACCUCUGGGUUCCAGGCUGGUUGUCUGUCAGAGCAGACUGUUCUAGAACUCUGGCUUCCAGAACCUCUGGGUUCCACCCUGGUUGUCUGUCAGCACAGACUGUUCUAGAACUCUGGCUUCCAGAACCUCUGGGUUCCACCCUGGUUGUCUGUCAGAGCAGACUGUUCUAGAACUCUGGCUUCCAGAACCUCUGGGUUCCACCCUGGUUGUCUGUCAGAUAAGACUGUUCUAGAACUCUGGCUUCCAGAACCUCUGGGUUCCAGGCUGGUUGUCUGUCAGAGCAGACUGUUCUAGAACUCUGGCUUCCAGAACCUCUGGGUUCCACCCUGGUUGUCUGUCAGCACAGACUGUUCUAGAACUCUGGCUUCCAGAACCUCUGGGUUCCACCCUGGUUGUCUGUCAGUACAGACUGUUCUAGAACUCUGGCUUCCAGAACCUCUGGGUUCCACCCUGGUUGUCUAUCAGUACAGACUGUUCUAGAACUCUGGCUUCCAGAACCUCUGGGUUCCACCCUGGUUGUCUGUCAGUACAGACUGUUCUAGAACUCUGGCUUCCAGAACCUCUGGGUUCCACCCUGGUUGUCUGUCAGAUCAGACUGUUCUCGAACUCUGGCUUCCAGAACCUCUGGGUUCCACCCUGGUUGUCUGUCAGGGCAGACUGUUCUAGAACUCUGGCUUCCAGAACCUCUGGGUUCCACCCUGGUUGUCUGUCAGUACAGACUGUUCUAGAACUCUGGCUUCCAGAACCUCUGGGUUCCACCCUGGUUGUCUGUCAGAGCAGCAUAGCUAUAACAAGUGGGGCUUCUGUUCUAGAACUCUGAGGCUUCUAGAACCUCUCUGGGUUCCAUCCUGCCUGUGGGAAAACAUUAUUUUGAAAUAAAA